UUUGGAGAACACAUUCUGGGUGACUGAAAACUACAGAAGAUUCCUGCGUGAGCGGAGCAAGUGAUGGGAAAAUGGUGCUCAACACUGCUAUCCUCUAUCUACUUAUUCUAGCAGCAGCAUCUGCAGGGGGAGCAGGCACUUCAUGUGGUACAAUGCAAGUAAAUUCCUCUUCACCAGAUUGCAAAGCCCAGAUGGCAUUCCUAACAGCCACAGAAAUCACCACUACAUCUAUUAUACCCACACUUUCAACUACAGAACUUUCCACCACCACAAAACUUACAACACCUCCAACUACUAGUACCACUUUCACCACCACUACACCCCCUACCACCACAAUGUUCCCAACCACAGCACCAUCUACUACCACCACAAUGUUCACAAACACUACACCAACUGCCACCAUAAUGUUCACAACCACUACACCAACUGCCACCACAAUGUUCACAACCACUACACCAACUGCCACCACAAUGUUUACAACCACAGCACCUCCUACUACUAUCACAAUGUUCACAACCACUGCACCCACUACCAACGUAAUGUUCACACCCACUACCACCUCAAUGUUCACAACAACUGCACCCACUACCAACGCAAUGUUCACAACCACUGCACCCACUACCACUGCAAAGUUCACAACCACUGCACCCACUACCAACACAAUGUUCACAACCACUGCACCCACUACCACUGCAAUGUUCACAACCACUGCACCCACUACCACUGCAAUGUUCACAACCACUGCACCCAUUACUACCACAAUGUUCACAACCACUGCACCCACUACUACCCCAAUGUUCACAACCACUGCACCCAUUACUACCACAAUGUUCACAACCACUGCACCCAUUACUACCACAAUGUUCACAACCACUGCACCCCCUACUACCCCAAUGUUCACAACCAGGGCACCCACUACUACCACAAUGUUCACAACCACUACACCCACUACUACCGCAAUGUUCACAACCACUGCACCCACGAUCACCACAAUGUUCACAAGCACUACACCCACGACCAACACAAUGUUCACAACCACUACACCCAGGACCAACACAAUGUUUACAACCACUACACUCAGGACCAACACAAUGUUAACAGCCACUACACCAACUACCAUUACAAUGGUCACAACCACUACACCAACUACCAACACAAUGGUCACAACCACUACACCCUCUGCUACCACAAUGUUCACAACCACUACACCCACUACUACCCCAAUGUUCACAACCACUACACCCUCUGCUACCACAAUGUUCACAACCACUGCACCCACUACUACCCCAAUGUUCACAACCACUACACCCACUACCACGGCCAGAAUAGAUACAACUACAGUAAUAACUACUUCCACCACCACAAGUACAACUUGGAAUCCAGAACCAGUACAAUGUCAAAAUGGUGGCUACUAUGAUGGGAUCAAAUGUAUCUGCCAGGAAAAUUUCUUUGGGAUUUUUUGUGAGUUUGUCUCAGAUAUGAUUAUAAUAGGAACUAGCAUUCCAGCCCAGGUGAAUGUAGAAGUUAGGUUCACCAACUUAAAUUUCACAGAGAAUCUGAUGGAUACAACAAGUGAGGAAUUUAAACAUUUUGAAUCAGAUUUCAAAUUGGAGAUGAGCUCAGUCUAUUAUACCAUUCCUGGCUAUAAAGGUGUUGGCAUUCAAGGAAUCAGGGAGGGCAGCGUCAUUGUAAGUCAUGAAAUCUUUGUGGAAAUAGAAUACAAGCCUGAUCUGAACAUUACACAGCAGUACAACCGGGUACUUGAAAUGGUGAUACAUCUAUUGGAACUCUCUAACUGCACAUCUACAGCCAAUCCCUUCUGUGUGGAUGGAAACAGUAUCAGGUAUACAUCCAUCCCACCACCAAGUGUGGAAGAACUUUGUAUGCAUCUGGUUCCGGAAGGUAGCAAAGAGUUUUAUACACCUAUGUUCUCUGCCGGUAGUCUGGCCUGUGUAUCUCACUGCCAUCCAUCCUCACCCGUGUACCAUAACUGUAAUGAUGGCACCUGCCAGAUAUGGGGCAACUCUGGCCCACAGUGCUUAUGUUCCAGGACAGACCUCUACAUAUACACAUCUUCAGCAUGCACGGGGAGGAUCUCCAAGCUUGGCUUAUUCAUAGGCAGUGGAGUCACCAUAGGGAUCUUGUUCAUCGUUUCCAUCAUCUUAGGAAUCUACAUCUACUUAAUUAAGAGGCCACCAUCAAUAUCCUCUCCGUUUGAUGGUCUGUAUGUCACAACAAUCAUUUAAGGGCACAAAGGAUGAAACACAUACAAGGCUGCUUAAAGGGCACACUCCAAUUGAAAUAAAUGAAAGUUAAACCACCCUGAGGUAUAUAAAGGGAUCAUAGUCUACCAUCUGUUGACCAGUUCAGCUUUCAUCCACACAUUUAUGCACUCCAUCAGUUUCCUGCACUCCUGUUUGGCUGUAGCCUGGUGAUCCUGGAACACAUCUGCUGGUGAUGAUGGAACUCUAAGCUUAAAGUGACCCUUUCACCAUUCUAAAGUUCUAUAGGCAACAUGUACAUGUAAAGAAAAAGUAUAAAUACUUAAAUACUUACCUUUCCUGCUUCAAAAACUGUUUCCUCUGAAGUCCCCUAAGAAAUGGAUCUCCUGGGUUCCUCAGCAGCUCACACUGGUUCCUCCUGCUGACUUUCACAUCAUUACUGUCUCCUGUAUUGAAGGAAGGAUAUGUAGGAAGUUGAUAAAGAAAAUUUUCCCCAGUGGGGCUUUGGACAGCAAUAUGAAUGUGAUCGAAGAAUUGUUUGUCGAAAAAUGGUAUAAAACAUAUUUAUUGGAGAGUUGUCAAAUGUCACAGUUAAGUUACAAUGAAUAAAACAUGUAAAACGGUCUGGCCAGAUGAAUUCCUGCAUAUUCCAAUAUUACCAUACAUGCAAAAUGUAAAACAAGAUUGCAUAGCAUAUGUAUGUAGGUAUGUAAUCCUGACGCGUUUCGACCAUAGGGUGGUCAUCUUCAGGGGGAUCGUUGACUCUAAGAGACACAUAAAAUAACUUCAAAUAUUCAAAACAUAUAAUUAUACAUCACAAUACAAGUAUGGCAUGGCGAAAUAGUUACCCCUUAAAAAUGGAGUAGACAGUUGCAUGGCCAGGAAUGUCAGGAAACCGUGGAGCAAUCCAGGGGAUCGUGUCAUCGCCCGCCACCCCACACACAAGGGGAAGGAGCCCAACCCUGUGGGCUUACAAGAAACCACACUGGUGACGCCUGCCAGAGGGCAGGAGAGGACAGGAGGAGCAGCACCUACAACAAGUUCCCAAAUGAAUGACCAUAUAUUGAAUAAAGAGAUAGGGUAAGUUAGCUCUUGGCUGUGUUACAAGAGUAUGUAGAUAUGUAGGAAGUUACUAAGCACAGGAUAUAGCAACUUCACCUCUCUUGUCAUUCACUGUCCCUCUGUAGAACUACAUGUAGGCAGGUUGAAGUUCCCGGCUUCCCGUUUACAAUGCCUAGUCAAGAACUUGAUGUCUUGACACACGGCUGGGUUUUCGGACGCCAAAACUGCGAGGAGAGCUUUUGCCCGUGAAUCUCGGCCGUGUGUAUG